CACGAUCAGGCAAGGAGACAGACUGAGCCACAGAGAACCAGAGGACAACGGUGUGAAAUGAUGUGGCGUGAGGAGCUACGUAGCCGGCAGUUCUGGCGUGCCAUGCUGGCAGAGGUGCUAGGCACCCUGGUUUUGGUGAGCACUGUGCUGGGUGCCUCAGUGCCAGGCCCUGCAGAUGCCCCCAGGGGACCCCUGUACCCAGCUGUGGCCGUGGGUGCGGUGAUUGUUGCACUGGGACACUGCUUUGGAGAAAUAAGUGGGGCACAGGUGAACCCUGCAGUGACUCUGUCUCUGUUGGCCACUCGGAGGUUGAAUGUUCUCAGGGCUCUUGUUUAUAUCACUGCGCAGUGUUUGGGGGCCUCUUUAGGAGCCGGGGCCCUCUACCUGGCCCUGCCACCGAAGACCACUGCAGAGUUCUUUGUCAACAAGGUGCCUGUAGACUUGCACGCAGCCCAGGCUCUGGGUAUAGAGAUUUUGUGCACCUUCCAGAUGGUCUUGACUGUGUUCUCAGUGGAGGACCAGAGACGAAGGGAGAGUCCAGAACCAGGAAACUUAGCCAUUGGAUUAGCACACACUGCUGGAGUGCUAAUAGGGGCGCGGUUCUCUGGUGCGAGUAUGAAUCCUGCACGUUCUCUGGGUCCAGCCCUCAUCACUGGCAUCUGGGAAAAUCACUGGGUUUAUUGGAUCGGACCGGUGCUCGGUGCUGUGCUGGCUGGAGUGUCCCAUGAGUUCUUCUUUGCACGGAGCGCCUCCCGCCACAAACUGGUGGCGUGUCUGACCUGCAAGGAUAUUGACAUUGUGGAGACGGCCAGUAUGACCGGAUCAUCGCUUUCCACGGUCACGCAAAACGCCAUGAGAGCCAAGCAGGCCAACAAACAAGAGAACAACUGAUAAUGCAUGUAUACACAAACACACAAUGAUUUAUAUGAAUCUGCAUAGUGUACAGUUCAUGUCACAGUCUUGUAGAUGAGGCUUGGCAGUGGUGGAGGCCAGAGACAUGGGAGAAGCUCUGCAUGAGGUUAAACUUCUCACACAUGAAACCUCCGUAGUUGCCAGUGAUCCAAGGGAGGAAAGGUUUUGGUUAGGGGGUGGUUUGAGGGUUACAUUCUAUAUAAACCUUAUGGUUUUAAAUUCAGGCAGCAUGGUGACGCAGUGGUUAGCGCUGUUGCCUCAUGGCAAGAAGGUACUCCAGCUUCCUCCCACA